AUGGCGUUGGAAGAAGCAACAGUACCAGAAGAACACUUGUUGAAGAAGUUAUUUCAAGACUUUGGAGAGGGCACGUCCAUGCAUGGUAUCGGUCGAGUGCUUACCAACAACAGAUCGUGGAAGAGAUUCUUGUGGUCAACAAUGUUUCUGUUCGGUGUGGGAUUUUCCAUCUAUCAGUUUGUGAUCACCAUGAAUGACUUCUACAGCUAUCCGGUUACAACCGUGGUCACCUUGAGACAAGAGACCGCAGCCAUCUUUCCUGGCAUCACAAUCUGCAAUUUAAACAGAAAGAGAAAGACGCUGGCUGAGGAAUCUAUGUUUUGGGCGAUUGAUACGCUCACUGAUGUAAUUUUAUUGUAA